AAAGCAGCAGCUGGGUAUCGUUUCAUAAGAUCAAUGAACUGUUUGAAACUUCCUCAUGAAAAAACGUUGAGGGGUUAUAUUGGAUGUGCGAGUGGUGAAACUGGUAUAACUUCAGUAAUUAAAGAACGCCUUAUUUAUGAGGUCAGCAAUUUGAAUCACUCAGAAGAAAAGUUAGGUUCGCUGAUAAUAGAUGAGAUGGCGAUCAAGGCAAAAGUAAGUUAUGAUCGCAACCUUGACCAGUUCCUUGGAUAUUCAGAGGCAGAAAUUGAGGAGAUGGGUGUAAGUGAUAAAAUAGCCAACAGACUAUUGUGCUUCAUGUUUCGCGGCCUCUCCACUCCCAUCCGAAUUCCCGUCGCGUUUUAUUUUACUCGUCAAUUAACAGGACCUCAGCUGUGUAAAUUAACCAAAAAGGUGAUCGAAGAAGUAGAAGAAACGGUUUUGAAAUUCUGCGAAUAGUUACUGAUAACUCUUCGGUAAAUGUUAGCAUGAUGAAGGAGGUGUGUGGCGGCCAAUUACUACCUGAAAUACAACACCCAAAUGAUGAAAACAGAGUAAUCUUUUUGAGUUUUGACUCGAGCCACAUUUUGAAAAAUAUUCGCACUCAGUUUCUUCAGAAGAAUUUUUUCUACAGGGGUAUAAUGAUCUCAAGCAAGCCCUUGAAAAAAUUGUACGAUGCACAGAAGCACUGUACAGUGAAACCUGUUCGAUGUCUGAACAGAAAAGUUGUUUACCCUUCGAACAUCGAAAAAAUGAAUGUGCAACGAGCCAAGUAUGUUUUUUCCCUUCCUCUGACAGCUGCAUUGAAGACUCUUCCUACAAUAGCACCUGAGUUAGUCGAAAACCACGAAAGCCUUGCUGAAACCAUACGGUUUUUGGAAUAUGUCAGAAAAUGGCACGAUAUUCACGAUGUUUGUAACACAAAGCAGGCAUAUAUGUCAAGAAACACCGACAAACUAGUGUUCACAGAAUUUGACGAUGACAGACUGUCUUGGUUGCUAGAUACAUUCCUGCCUUACAUGGAAAAUAUCCAAAAGUCGAGCAGCAAACAAAAUAAACUAAGUGAAGAGACAUACGAAGCUCUAGUCGUGACAACUCAGGCAACUGUAAAAUGUAUACAACAUUUAAUAUCAGUUGGAUUUCAUUUCGUUUUAAGCAGGAACCUGAGCAGCGAUGACAUCGAACUUCUCUUCAGUCACUUGCGAAGAAAAGGUGGUUUCAACGAUAUGAUGGACGCAAGAGCAUGCAUGUAUGCAAUCGACACAACGCUAAAAACGGGUUUAAUAAAUCCUUCAGCUACAUCAAAUGUAGAAAGACAAACUUUCAAGACAUUGGAUGCAAUUGCACAUCACAAACGAAUAAGUGAGCUGAACACAGUAAUUUGUGAUGUUCCAGUUGAAGCAACAGGAAUUCUUGACGAAAAUCUUGAAGAAACUCCAGUAACGCUGCAAAUCGCGUCCUUAGCUAUGAUUGCUGGGUACUUGGUACGGGUUGCAGAAGAAAAUUUUAACUGUGCCUAUUGCCUAGAACAAAUAUCAACUCCCGAUUGUGACAGCCCGUUGCUCCGAUUGAUUAAAAUGCAAGAUCGCGGUGGUCUGCGGUACCCAUCUAGAAAAUUCGUUUUUUUCCUGAGCAAGAUACUAAAAUUUACUUGUGUCACUCUUAAACACUUAGGACGUAAACAGCUCAUCAAGAAGCUUAAAGUGUUUCUAGUGCCAAAGUUUCUUCAAUAUUUUAAGUGUUCACUGUGCAGUCAAGAAAAGCUUGCAAAUACCAUAAUAACCAAAUUUCUGAAGCCUAUUUUGGACAACGAAGCACGUUCGGUGACAGACAAAAUUGACAAACCAUCAAAAAUAUACAGAAAACCAUUGAGCCGCAAAAUUUUAAAACUGUAAGCGUAGUUCCAGGUGAGUAACAAUUAACACUUUAUUUGGUGUUACAACUGUUACAUUCAUUUUGUUUACGACUGCUUUAUCUUUUAGAAGUAUUUGAACAUAGGGCUUCAUUGUAUUUAUCAUAACAGUUAGUUCUAAACACCAAUUUCAUGAGUUAUAGGACCAACGGUAAUUUAAACAGAUGUUUCGCGCGGUUCCGUGUACUGCACAUGAGAGAGCUACCUAGCGGCGAUCUCUGGAACUGAAUCGUCUCGCGUUUUACAUCCUCUCCUUCCCGGCCUUGAAUAAUAACGUAGGCAACGGUUUGGUAGGAAGAAGACAAACUCUUUAUCAAAACAUUUUUUUUUAUUUUGCCGUGUGUUCGUGAAUGCCUAAUUAAUUAAAAUGGUCGAUUAGGUCAGGUCAGUUACAUUAUAAAUACUUUCAAACUAAACUGACAUUAAAAAUAAUAUGAAUUAAUUUUAAUGGUUGUUCAGUUUUAAAGUAUUUAUAAUGUAGCUGACCUGACCUAACAAACCAGGACAAAGGCUGAACAGUAGGAACUCACGUAAUUUUUUUUUUUUUACUUAUUACUUGCGCAACAAUAUCAAAGUAACAAAUAAAACAUUAAAAUUUGAAACGUUAAAAACUCGCCUAAGUUAGAGGCGGGUACAAUUCCUU